AUGUUAUCUAUAUCAUGUACAUUUAUUGGCAUAUGCUUAUUUAUAUUGGGUUCAUCAGGCAAUGGUUUAUGUAUAUUAGUAUUUCUUCGAAAAAAAUUUCGUUCUCGUAUAAUAACACCAUAUUUUAUUAUUUUAUUAUUUGCUGAUUCAAUUUAUUUAUUAUUUCGUUUAAUAAAAUUACUUUAUUAUUCACAAACAUUAUUCAAACUUCAUACAAAUAUAGAAGAAUCAUGUUCAAAAACAUUUCUUGCACGUUUAUAUCAACAUGUAACACAAACAUGGCCACAACCAUUCGUACCAUUAGUACAAUCAGAAACAUACAUGCGUUUCUCAUUAGUAUUAAUGUCAAUUAUGUCUAUUCAAAGAACAAAAUUUAUAACACGGUCAAUAAAACUUCUUGUUUUACCAACAACAUUUAAAGAUACACAUAAAUAUAAAUGGACAUUUUUACUUAUUUUAUCAGCUUUUUUUAUUGCAUAUACAUUUGAAUUUGCUGGUUUAACAUUAUUUUGUUCGAAAUCAAAUAAUCGUAAUAUAACAUAUGAUUGGUUUAUUUAUAUGAGUAAAAAUAUGGAAAAUGCAACACAUAUUUUAACAAAUAAAAUGUCUAAUCAACCACAUGAAUUAAAAUGUGUUGAGUAUGCAAUACAUGGUUUACAACAAAAUCAAACAUUAUUUAUAGAACAAAAUCCUAUAUGUACACAAGAUAAAUUAAUAGAUAUUUUAUCACAUUAUUUUGAUCAACAUGAAAAACCAAUUGUUAAUUUAAUACAAAAGAUUAUAUUUUUUCAAACAGAACAUAGAAUAUCACGUAAUGAAAUCCGACGAAAAUAUCAUUUUCAUGAAUGUCUUUUUCCUCAAGAACCAAAUUUUUUUCAUCGUUAUUAUGAUUUUAUGUAUAGUCGUAUAUUUGGUUUAAAUCGACAUACCUUACUUUUAGUUUUUGGAAGUAUUAUACCAUCAUUAAUAACAAUAGCAAGUAAUAUAAUAUCAGUAUAUCAUGUACGUGAAUUAAAUCAUUUAACAUCAAUUUAUAUCUUACCUUGUCGUCGUCGUACAGAUGAUACACGUCGUAUAUUACUUGUUAUUACAGUUGAAUGUUUAUUUGCUAUAGUUAAUUCAUGGUGUAGUGAUAUAAUAUUAUCAUUAGUUUAUUGUAAAAGAAAUUUAUCAGCCGGUGAUGAUUGUCCAAAUUAUUUAAAGCAAAAUUAUGAUUUAUUAGUUAUGUUUGAUAUGGUUAAUUCUGUAUCAAAUAUAAUUUUACAUUGUUUAUGUGGUAAACGUUUUCGUAAUGAACUUCGACGAAUGUUAAGAACAUUUAUUAAUUUUCUAAAACAUAUAUUUAAUAAUAUAUGGUGUUGUUAUGUUCAUAUUGAUUGUAAAAAAUUACAUAAACAACAAUUUGUUUCUUAUAAAUCAUCUAUAACACAACAUGAAAGUUCAAAUAGUUCGAAUAAUGCAAGUCAUAAUCAUGUUUAUUUACAAAUUCAAACAUCACCAAGACUAAAUAGAAAACAUUGUUGUGAUUGUCGAUGGUAUUUUAAUCGAAGACCAUUAGGUAUAUCAGAACAACGUUUAUCAAUAAUGUCAAAAGAAUGUUUUAAAAAAAAUCAAAUUCCAUAUACUGUUCAAUAUCGAUCAUUAACACAACGAACUUAUAUAACAAAACAAACACAAGCUCGUUCAAUGAGACUUUAUUAUCCACCACCACCAACAACAACAUCAUUAGUCAAUAAAAAUCAUAUUUUAAAUGUUUGUUAA